AUGGCACGUUUCACAGCCGAGUCUACGAGUGAGGAAGUCUGUAAAGACCUGUCCUCGGAAAUCAAGGGAAGCAAGGUGUUGAUGACUGGAGUUACCCCGGGCAGCCUUGGAGGCACGGCAGCGAUUCAAAUCUCCAAGUUCGAGCCGGCCUUGUUAGUUCUUGCAGGUCGGAAUAUGCGGACACUGCAAGAAUUGGACGAAAAAAUCAAGUCGGAAACACCUUCUGCGCCAACUCGACUACUUUUGCUGGAUCUUAGCUCUCAGGAAAGCGUCCGAAGGGCUGCAGAAGAAGUAAACGCUUAUCCUGAAACGCUUGAUAUCAUCAUCAACAGUGCCGGAGUGAUGGCUUCCCCAUACACUCUUACGAAAGAAGGUCUAGAGCUUCAAUUUGGAACAAACCAUAUUGGCCAUUUCCUCUUUACGAACCUUGUACUGGAAGGUUUCUUGCAGCAGGGAGCUCCUUCUAUCAGAGUGGCCAAUGUUAGUAGUCUUGGUCACAAGAGAGGACCUGUCCGGUUUGAUGAUCCUGGAUUCCAGGGCGGUAAAUGCUAUGACAAAUGGCAGGCAUAUGGGCAAAGCAAAACCGCCAAUAUGCUGUACUCCGUUUCCUUGGCUGAGAAGCUUGGAGACAAAGGCGUGCAGUCAUUCAGUCUUUACCCUGGACGGAUUUUAACUGGCAUCGUAAAGCAUUUGUCUAUGGAAGAUUUUCUCAAAGCUGGCUGGAAGCACGCCGAUGGCAGUGUCAACAAUUCCCCGAAUCUGGGUUGGAAAACACCAACCGAAGGUGCAGCCAAACUGAUUGUCUCGGCAUACGACCCAACAAUUUCCGACAAGAACGGAUCUUACAUGGUCAAUAAUGAAGUGAAUAAUAGCGAGGCUGCAGAGUACGCUCUGGACCCCCAGAAUGCAGAGAGACUGUGGUCGCUCAGUGAGGAUCUUGUGGGUCAGAAAUUCUUCAGCUAG